CAUUUCUUAAGCCAGAUUGCGCGAAGUCAUCUUUCUGCCGUUGUUGCCCGCAUGCUUUUUGGGGCCGAAAGCAUUUUGCUUGCUGAACGACCCAGCACGGCUUGCGAAGUUGGCAGUGCAUCUCCUCUGUGAAACGGCAGCCGCAGGGCUGAGGCCAACCGAGGACUGGAGAGCGUGGCAGCUGGCGGGCCUUUCUCACCCCCAAGCGACUUUCUGAUCCUUCCGGGCUUCAUCGACUUCACAGCAGACGAGGUGGACCUCACCUCAGCGCUGACCCGCAAGAUCACGCUGAAGACGCCGCUCAUCUCCUCCCCGAUGGACACCGUCACGGAGUCGGACAUGGCCAUUGCGAUGGCGCUCAUGGGUGGCAUCGGGAUCAUCCACCACAACUGCACCCCCGAAUUCCAGGCCAACGAGGUCCGUAAAGUCAAGAAAUUUGAGCAGGGCUUCAUCACGGACCCCGUGGUGCUGAGCCCGACCCACACGGUGGGAGACGUGUUUGAGGCGAAGGUCCGGCACGGCUUCUCCGGCAUCCCGGUCACCGAGACGGGCAAGAUGGGCAGCAAGCUCGUGGGCAUCGUCACCUCCCGCGACAUCGACUUCCUCUCCGAGAAGGACUACGGCGUUCCGCUCAGCGAGGUCAUGACGAAGCGCAACGACCUCGUGGUGGCCCCGGCAGGCGUCACCCUGAAGGAGGCCAACGAGAUCCUGCAGCGGAGCAAGAAAGGGAAGCUCCCCAUCGUGAACGGGGUGGACGAGCUGGUGGCCAUCAUCGCCCGCACGGACCUCAAGAAGAACCGGGACUACCCGCUGGCCUCCAAGGACUCGCGCAAGCAGCUGCUGUGCGGGGCGGCCGUCGGCACCCGGGAGGACGACAAGUACCGGCUGGACCUGCUCAUGCAGGCGGGCGUGGACGUGGUCGUGCUGGAUUCAUCUCAGGGAAACUCCGUGUAUCAGAUCAACAUGAUCCACUAUAUCAAGCAGAAGUACCCAGAGCUGCAGGUCAUUGGAGGGAAUGGAUGCACAGUGGUGACAGCCGCCCAGGCCAAGAACCUCAUCGACGCCGGCGUGGAUGCGCUGCGCGUGGGCAUGGGCUGCGGCUCCAUCUGCAUCACGCAGGAAGUGAUGGCGUGCGGCCGGCCCCAGGGCACGGCGGUGUACAAGGUGGCGGAGUACGCGCGCAGGUUCGGCGUGCCCGUGAUUGCUGACGGCGGCAUCCAGACAGUGGGCCACGUGGUCAAGGCGCUCUCCCUGGGGGCCUCCACAGUCAUGAUGGGCUCCUUGCUGGCUGCCACCACGGAGGCUCCGGGUGAGUACUUCUUCUCCGAUGGAGUCCGGCUGAAGAAGUACCGGGGAAUGGGCUCGCUCGACGCCAUGGAGAAAAGCAGCAGCAGCCAGAAGCGCUACUUCAGUGAGGGGGACAAGGUCAAGGUGGCCCAGGGCGUCUCGGGCUCCAUCCAGGACAAGGGCUCCAUCCAGAAGUUCGUGCCCUACCUGAUUGCUGGCAUCCAGCACGGCUGCCAGGACAUCGGUGCCAAGAGCCUGUCCAUCCUGCGCUCCAUGAUGUACUCGGGGGAACUGAAGUUUGAGAAGCGGACGAUGUCGGCCCAGAUCGAGGGGGGCGUCCACGGCCUCCACUCUUACGAGAAGCGGCUGUACUGAGGACGGCUUCCGGAGCAGCAGCCAGCGGUCUGGGCCCAGCAUCCCCGUGCCCAGCGCUGCCGCCAGUGCCCGCUGCCACCACCCCUGACCGGCAGGCUGAGCCGCACAGGCCUCCCUGGCGGGCAGCCGAGACUUGCACUACGGACCACCCCACCGGGGCGCGGGGCCCCCCCGCCCCAGUGGGCAGGACUUGCUGGGGUCCUGACGGAACUCUCGGGGGAGGGAGUGUCUCGGGGGGACACGGGAGCCCCCGUGGCCGUUCCCUGGUGGCCGGCUCUCCUUUCCGCAGGGAGGGGCCCGGGGCCUCCCAGUGGCCAUGCCUUCCCCCUGCUUUUCUCCCCGCCCCGGCCUCUUCCCCUGCGCCCCCGAUUUCCCACAGCGGGGUGGGGGGGCCCUCUCCAUCCCGGCAGUGUGUGUGGAGCAGGGGAGGGGCACCCCGCCCUGCUGCCCCGCACAGCCUGUUUCCUGGGGGCCCUCCCAGGUGGGGCUCUGCGCUGUCUCAGGUCUGCUCCGGCCGCCCGGCUGGCGCAUCAGAGCUCUCUGUGCAGGGCAGGGGCUGCCAGCCCCGCCAGCGCCGCCCUCGUGGGGGCCACCGCCUCUGCCCGCCGCUUCGGGCCCUCUCGGACUGGCCAUGGGCCACGGAGCUCCAGGGUGCGGGGCGCGUCUCCUCUGCCUGGGAGCCCGGCCAGUGCCAGGGCUGGCCACCCAGGCCGGAGACCGAGAGGCUGCCCCGGCCCUCCAGCCAGGCUCCUAAGAUGCAGCUCUCUCCAGCCCACCCCCUCCCCUCCCCUCCCCCCCCCGGCCCACGACCCCCGCGCAUGUUGGGCCCCACAUGGUGGUGCUGCGUAGUCUUGCCUAAUAAA